UUUUUUUUUUCUUGUGUAAUAUUUUGGGAGAAAAUGACCCUUGCCCUCUUGACUUCCGUCAUGUGUUUCCGGUUGUUUUGAUUUUCCCGCCGUACGGGCUUUCUGUCAUCCGUUCCGGGCUGUUAUAUUUCUGUUCCUAAUGUGGUUUAAUUAAUACGUUUAAUCAAUAUGAGUUCUUCAAACAGCUACAUUAGCUCUUUGGAGCCUAAUGACCGAACCAGGUAUUUUGAGAAAUUAAUGGUAAGUGUCGAAGACGCCGGCGAUAGUUCAAACCCGGAAGUGACUGGUUCGGCGGUGACUGGUGACGGUGUACGCCUACCUGACCCAUACAGUCUGACAGGUUGGAAGGAUGAUUUGAGCCUCUGGCCAGAUACGGACUAUGGGUGCAUCUACACCUACCUAAUCGAGGCUCCAGGUCCGUUUAACGGAGAAGCCAUGAAAGCCUAUAAAUCCCUGGAGGCGUACAAUCUCUUUAUAAGUGGCCAUGUGAGGGAGUGCAGGUACCACCCUAUUGGAAAAAAUGUGAAGGUCUGCUUCCUUAAGGCCAAGGUUGUGCCAGGACAGAGAGUAGCAGAGACUCCUCACAACCCAUGGGUGUGUUUGACCAAAAAAGAGGGUUAUGUCAUGGCAGCUCACUGCACUUGUAUGGCAGGAUUGGGAGAGGUCUGCAGCCAUGUGGCUGCACUGCUGUUCGCAGUGGAGGCCUCCAGGUCUCUUCAGGAAAAACGGACGUCAUGCACCAGCAGAAAGGCCGUGUGGAACAAAUAUUACAAAGAUAAGGUUCCAGCUAUACAAUGGGGGAUGAAACAGGAGGAGAAGGCAAGGCAACAGUACCUGGAAGCUACCUUGUGCAUCUGCAAGGAUGUGAAAUUGGAGGAAGUGGGGCUCAUUCUCUACAAGGAUUUUCCCUUCAUAGGUGCAUCUCCUGAUGGGAUGAGACAGUGUUCAUGCCAUGGAAGAACUGUGAUUGAGAUCAAGUGCCCAUACAAGUACAGGGACAUCUAUCCUGCUGCAGAUCUGUGUCUAUCAGAUGCCAACUACUGUUUAGAUAAGGAUUGUAAGCUAAAGACAGGGCACAGAUAUUACACCCAAGUCCAGACACAUAUGCUGGUUACCGGUGUCUCAACAUGUGAUUUUGUAGUGUGGACUAAUGCAGGCAUGGUUGUAGUAAAUGUUCCAAGGGACCAGUCACUGUUAAAUGUAAUGUUGUCUACAUGUGUCCAGUUUGUAAAGUCCAGUCUUAUCCCUGAGAUACUGACCCACAAGUUACAGUGUGGAGACUCUGGAGUAGAUGUGACUUUCCAGGAAGAUGAUGACCCAAACAAACGUUACUGUUCUUGUCAGAAACCAGCAUAUGGUAGGAUGGUAAAGUGUGAUAACAAUGAAUGUGAGUCAGAAUGGUUCCAUUACAAAUGUGUUGGCAUCAAGAGAAAACCAAGGGGCCAUUGGUUCUGUCCCAGUUGUCAAUGCUAAAUCCUACUGGACAGUUUGAAAUACUAAAAAUACUAGUAUAACAAUAGAAGGCAUUUUACAGUUUUAUGUCAUGUUUUAGAAAACUAAUGUAAAACAAGUAAGAAUUGUACUUUGUGGUAUACUUAUUAUAUUGUAGUGGGCUUCCCAAAAAUUUGUUUUGUGUCCCUUUAACAUUUUACCUUCAAUCUCAGUAUUUUGAUAUACAGAAAAGGCCAGCUCGUGCAGACAACAUUGCCAUUAAAAAUUACUUGAUUAGCUUUGGAAGUAAGUUUGUAAGAGCCGCACAGAUAACAACACUGUCACUGAGUAGAGGGGCAAAUGUUAAUGGACAGAUUUGGCUGAGAAUUUGGAAGUUCUUGAUUCUUUCAAUUGCACGUUCUACAUGAAUUCUUAGAGUUGAUAUCUGUCUGGCAUCUUGGACGAUACGCCCCGGGAGUUGUUUCCUUCCUGUGGUAAAUGGUGGCAUAACUAGUGUUGCUCCUUUCAGGGCAAGUUCCUCAGAAAUGGUGAAUCCCCGAUCUGCCAUAAUCAUAUCACCAUAUUCCACUUUGUUAUAGAAACGACUUUUUAGCGUAAUGUCUUUAUCAGAAAUUCUUCCACCCCAGGAACUGGACAGAAAUGACACUGCUCCAUAAGGUGUAAUACCUACCAGAAAUUUGAACGUAUGAUGGUGUUUGUAGUUACUCCAGGUCUUUGCUCGGGUCUUUAAAUUGUAUGGCCUCUCAGUGAAAAUCUCUGAGCAAUCAAUGAUGACUCUACAGUUUGAGUAUUUUUUUUUCCGAAAAUUUUUGGGAAGAUUGCGCUUUACGGUUUCCUUGGACGGCCAAUGAAUCAGGAACUUUAGUCGGACAGCUAAGAUUGGAAUACAACGGUUUAUGACUUUUGAAACUGUGGAGGCAGAAACACUAAAUCUCAAAGCUAGAUCAGCAUUUUUGAGGCCUAGUCUCAACUUCAUGAGAGUCAUGAGUAUUUGAUCCUGCUGACACAUGGACUUUAGAGGAGCAAUGAAAUCACUAACAAGUCUAAACACAAA